AUGGUGGUUUUGCCCACAUUGCUGCCCGAGAUGGAGCGCUCCAAGACCAUACACGCUUUGCCGAAGACGGUCACGGUCGAGUCCUUGUCUUUGGAAGAGGAAGGCCCCGUGAAGAGGUGGCCUCCGAUUGCCCGUGCCGUUGGUGGCCAGCGAGGCCCCACGGCUGGCGGCCUCUCUGUGGUGGGGAACCAGAGAGCCUCGGUGUCCCGCGCGUUCACCUCCAAGUGUACCACCAGGUCGCUCCAGCGAACAGGCAGUGCCGGCAGCGUCGCAGAUUCCGCUACAGGCACGGAGCCGGCGGAGCGCUCCCAUGCCCUCGAGGAGGAGAACCAAAGACUGCGCGAGGAGACGAUCUUUGGCUUUCGUUUACUUCGGAUGGCUCCCCCUCCUGGCUCCGGCAACCAGGGAGAGGAAGCGACGCCGUUUCAAAAUCGAGCCACUGAGCAGGAGACGGCCUCAGCUGUGGUUGAUGCCUUGCGGCACCUCCUCUCAGCUCUUGGCGCCGUGCUCGCGUCCCCUGCGGGUCUUCAAGCCGCCAAGGAUGCUGGGGAGCUUCGCUCUCUUCCCGGCCUCGGAAAGAGCCUCAAGAGGCUUUGGUUCGACACACCUACCGGCGAUUGGGACUCCAAGGAGCAAGUCUUGUGGCUUUGCCGUGUGCUAGCUGUCACAGAGGGAUCCCGAGCAGGUAUCCUCUCCUUCUACGGCGCAGGAUUACUCCUGUGUGAUGCUAUGGCGGCCUUUGCAGAGGUCAGUCUGCACGAGCUGGACCUAAGCCUAGAUGAGGCGUGGGCUGCAGAAGCAUUGGCUGUGCAGGAGGUGCUGCGUGGCAGCCACUGGCAGCAGCUGCAGCAGUGGCCUGCAGACCGGAGAUGUGGCGGUGGGAGCGACCCACUGCUGUCCACAGACCGGCUGCCAAAAUCGUUGAAGAGCGCCUUCGAUCUCGAAGGAGUCCGCCUGACCAAAGCGCAGGCUGCCGGCCUCGGCGUAGCGAUGAUGAUGCCAGGUUCCACAGUGUUGGCAAUGGGUGGCGUCGGCUGUGCACUCCUUCUGAAUUCAAGCCAGAGCCGCGGUGGAGCCACCGGCGGCGAUGAUGCGGACCGUGACCGGUGGCAGGUGCUGCAAGAAGCCUGGCUCAAGCAUGCCCACACGCUCCUCAGGCGGAAGACCUGCCCCAUCGAGGUGAGGUACUCGCAAGGAUUCGGGCCCGCGGUCAUCAAGGUGACGCUCUACGCCUUGAGGGAUGUGCUGUGUGCCCUUCCAGUUGGAAGUUUGGGCACCUGGGGCGGAGGUGGCACCGGCGGCGAGUCGGUUGCACGCCUGGCCAGGGGCGAGAGCUGCAGGCUGCGGCCGGCGACGGACGAUGAUUUUUUUCGAUUGCGGGUUUACCGACCUGCUCCACUCCUGGACGUAGUUUUGCACAAUGGCGUGCAGGUCCGGCGUGGGGACCGGCUGCGCGUCGAGGUCCCUGCCGGCGGAGAGGCCUGUGUCUACUGCGACACGCCUGAUAUGCUCCCUCAAGUCGUUGACGACAUGUCAGCAGUGGAGCAGGAGCAAACCUGGGAGUCUCCAGCCGCCGGCCAGACUGGGCUGGUUGAGGGCCAGUCGAGUCAUUGGCCAGCGCUGUGCCCAGCUCUGAACGUGGUCUUGCUGGAUCUGAAGUCGGACCAUACGUGGACUAUCGCGGACUGUUUGCCCAUGAAGGUCGGCGCCAGCUGCGCCACCGGCAUAGCAGCCAUAACGCAGGCGGCAGGCGACCGCAUCAAUGUAGCGUUUUUCGAUCUCAUCCUCUCCACGGCCACUCUUGGCUCUCCCUGCCAGAUCUUAACGUCCGUGGGUCACUAUGACGGGGCAGAGGCUUCUGAGGAGAGCUCCAGCGGCGAAGAGGAGAAGGUGCCCCCACCUCCUCCCUGCAGCCCGUGCGGCUUGCCUCCUGUGCCCGGCACCGAGGAGGCUCGCAGCUCCGUGUCAACAGAGGCAAGCCUUCCGGCAACCUUCUUGCCGACUUUCGCCGAUGCGCAGGUCCAGGCUGAGCCGUCCCGCAAGACUUCUUCUGUCCAGGCGGUGACCUCCAUUGUGACGAUGGCCGCAGAGGUGCAAACGAAGGCGGAGCCUGAUGUGGCAUCGUCUUCGGUGCAGACAGAGGCUCCUGAAGUGGCGAGUGUGGCAGCAGAAGUGCAGACAGAGGCGGAGAGGCCUGUACCCUUGCUGUCAUCCGAGACACAGACGGAGGCCGAAGCAGCCCCGGCUGUGCAAGCAGACACUCAGACGGAGGCAGCUCAAGUACCAGAGAUGCUCCAUGCGCAGACGCAAACACAGGCAGAAGGCCAUCCGCCGAGGUCUGAAGCAGAAGUUCAGACACAGGCCGAUGUCGCCCCGACAGUGAAGGCCGAAGCGACGCAAACAGAGGAGAAACUGCAGGCGGCAGCCUGCUGCGAGUCAUCGUCUCAAACGACCCCUCCGGCUCUGUCAGCAGUGGCGGUUCAAACGACACCGGCGAAGGGUGUGAGCUGCGGGACCCAGGUGGAACGCCCCAAAGUGGGCCAUCAGGCGGUUCAAGCCGAGGAUUCCAUGGCGCAAGACGCGCUUGCUCGGGUCAAGCAGCUGGAGGCCGCAUCGGUGGCAGAGGCCGACCAGCUCCAGGCGUGGCGCGACAUGGCCACGGCCAAGGCCUUGGGGAAGCUAAAUGUCACCAUCCUUUGUCCCCGUGCCGAAUGCACGGUCAACGGAGUAAAGGUGGAGAUGGACAGCUGGCGGUCAGAACUACUGCGGAGGGACUUCGAAGAGAAGGUCCUCCCACGCUUCGUGCAGCUCAUCGUGUCUGAUGUCCAGGAGCAAUCGUCAAACACAGAUCUUGUGAAGAGCAUGAUGGAGGCGGAGCUUGGCUCCAUCUUCCGAGAGCGCCUCGCUGCACUUUUGUCAGCCCCGAAUGCCGCUGCGGCAAUGGCCGCGGCGAAGGCUGCAAAGGCAGCGUGA